CAGCGCUCAGCCAACCAACACCUCACCCUGAAUUUUUUCUUGAACUCUUUUCUACCUUUCUCACCUCCAACCUCAGCUCACGAUACCUGCUCUUCUUCAGCUACACCUACCUUUACACACUUCUAACUUUUAAUUCCCAACCGUCAAAAUGGGUUCCGCUCCUGGUGACGCCAAGAAGGGUGCCAACCUCUUCAAAACCCGCUGCGCGCAGUGCCACACCGUUGAGGCGGCCGGCGGCAACAAGAUCGGCCCUGCGCUGCACGGCCUGUUCGGCCGCAAGACCGGCGCCGUCGACGGCUACGCCUACACCGACGCCAACAAGCAGAAGGGCAUCACCUGGAACGAGGAGACUCUCUUCGCCUACCUCGAGAACCCCAAGAAGUACAUCCCCGGCACCAAGAUGGCGUUCGGUGGCCUCAAGAAGGACAAGGACAGGAACGACCUGAUCACCUACCUCAAGGAGUCCACGGCAUAAAUCCCGGAAUAACCGAGGUUUCAACGUCGUUGUAAUAUUAUCCACACCAAUUCAUCACAAAAGAGCGAACCCUCACUUAGGGGUUGCCGGUUGCCGUUGCGAGGGAGACAGGGAGUUGGUCCGUUUUUGCCAUGGCCUUUUUUGCAUUAGACGGGGCGGCUCUUGUACAGCACUCACAACCAUUUAUUACUUCUACUUUUUGUACAACAUAGAGGGCGACGACGACACUACUACUAGACGAGAUGUCCUUGGGCGGCGCAGCCCGAUUGAUGAAAAUACGAUUCCCUACUCUGCAUGACG